AUUGGAAGUAAUUUACUACAGGAACACACGAUCGUGCACUUUAUUUGGUUUUUACCAUGAAGAUCACGCAGAAACGGAAAGUCAACCGUUACAUGAGCUUCUUCCGUAACAACUAUGGAUUUCACGUACCUUAUCAGGUGUUAAUUGAUGGUACUUUUUGUUUGGCAGCCCUUGAGGGGCAGGUAAGAGUUGGUGAACAACUCUCCAAGUACUUUCAAAGUGAACUAAAAUUGUUAACCACACAGUGUGUUAUUCUUGAAAUGGAAAAAAUAGGCCCGUCAAUAAAUGGUGCAUUAAGUAUCUGCAAGCAAUUUGCUGUUCAUAAAUGUGGACAUGAAAAAAAACCUGUUCUUGCAUCAAAAUGUCUCGAGUCCAUGAUUGCGGACAACAAUCCCAAUAGGUAUAUUAUUGCAACACAAGAUCCAAGUUUGAGGGAAGUUGCGAGGGCUGUUCCCGGGACACCAGUUCUUUACCUACAUAUUCGCUCUCCUACACUUGAAAAACCAUCACAGCAAAGCACCGAGUUGGCUGGAGCCACUAUCAAAUCAAGUAUUCAUGACCAGGGCUGUACUAUGGAACGAUUGCGUCAACUAAAAAAACAGGAACUCGGCAGUCAAACUGGGGAAGAAAAACGGUUCAAAAGAAGGAAAGCAAAAGGACCAAACCCUUUAUCCUGCAAGAAGAAGAAGAAGAAAAUUGGCACUCGAGAACCGUCACAGAAAGCCUUGACAUCUUCGGUUCAAGCGCAGCGCCCAAAGAGGCGGAAGCGUGUCAAAAUAGCCGAACACAUUCGUCAAGAGUUGGCAGCUCGUUUAAAUGUACCAAGGACCACAGAUUAAUUGUUUAUUGACGUGAAUCGAAACUAGGUCUUCUGGCUAAUACAAUCUUCUCGUCCGUUUCAUGA